ACCAUUUAGCGAGACACACUUCCACUCUCCACACUUUGACUUCAACACUUUCUCUUACAUUUGCGCUCAGCACCAUUACACCCGACAAAUUCCAUCGUGAACCUCCAAGAUGUCGUCAAAACGAGGUCGCGGUUCAAGCGGCAACAAGCUCAAGAUGACCCUCGGUCUUCCCGUUGGUGCGGUCAUGAAUUGCUGCGAUAAUUCCGGCGCCCGAAAUCUCUACAUCAUCUCCGUGAAAGGCAUCGGUGCUCGUCUCAAUCGUCUUCCGGCCGCCGGUGUUGGUGAUAUGGUCAUGGCUACGGUGAAGAAGGGAAAGCCGGAAUUGAGGAAGAAGGUCAUGCCCGCUGUGGUGGUUCGACAGAGCAAGCCAUGGAGGAGAGCCGAUGGUAUCUUCCUUUACUUCGAGGACAAUGCUGGCGUGAUUGUCAACCCCAAGGGUGAAAUGAAAGGAUCAGCUAUCACGGGUCCCGUUGGCAAGGAAGCUGCAGAACUGUGGCCGCGUAUUGCGAGCAACUCGGGCGUCGUGAUGUAAAGUGUCGAUGCAUAUUAUUCGGAGUUGAGCGGAAACAAUCGGUUCGGAGCCUCGAUGUUUCGAGGCAAUUGUGGUAUCUUCCAUAUCCCAAAAAUUCAUGAC